CACGUCUGGUUCAGAUUUUAAGUCAGGGUACAAAUAUUCGUGUUGUUUUCGAUUGCUAAAACAGUCGGUUCUGCAUAUAUCAUCACUUUUAAACUACCGUUGGUGGUAUCUCUCUUGAGAGGAAAUUAAAAAAAAUUUGAACUGAAGAACGAUAUUAAUUCCUUGCCGUACAAUAUGUGAGACACGUGAUACGGCUUGCGGGCCAAACAUAAGAAACACGAGUCGGGUUCGUGAUGCAACUUUAUCACCGACUUUGACACGUGCUGUUGUGACUUAAAUCAUAGUGCAAGGGGUUAACAUCGAUUGGUAUACACACGAGCUGUCACUUGGCUGCACGUUGAACCGUUUACAUCGAACAGCAACGUUUUCUCCUCAACAUAUACAAUGAAGGUAUUGGAGCUAUACAGUGGCAUUGGAGGAAUGCAUUUUGCGCUCUUAGAAAGUGGAAUCCCGGCGAAGGUCGUCGCUGCGAUUGACAUAAAUCCUGUUGCGAACGAUGUUUACCGUCACAAUUUUCCGGAAACUGUUCUUAUGAAUAGAAAUAUUCAAUCUAUCAGUGCACAGACAUUGAACAAGUUGGACGUGGACGCUAUACUUAUGAGCCCUCCGUGUCAGCCUUUUACAAGAUUAGGAUUGCAAAGGGAUAUUCUUGAUAGCAGAGCUUGUUCUUUGUUACACGUUUUAAGCCUGAUACCCAAAUUGAAAAACUUGAAAUAUAUUUUGCUUGAAAAUGUCCAAGGUUUUGAAGUAUCUCAAAUGAGAAACAAGUUGGUAGAUUGUUUAGAAGAAUGCGGAUAUGCCUAUAGAGAAUUGAUGUUGAGUCCGAGCCAAUUUGGUAUACCAAACAGUAGACGUAGAUAUUAUUUAUUGGCAAAGAGAAAAGAUCUAAAAUUCUGUUUUGAACAAACUCCGCUGCAAAAUGAUUCGUCGUCUGAAUUGUUAAAACUACUGCCAAAAAGUAAGCACUUUUUGUUGGCAGAGAAAACUGGCAAAUCUAAUUCUAGGUCUGGUAAAAUAUGCUAUACUUUAGAUAAUAUCGUGGAAGAAUAUGUGGAAGAAUCAAGGUAUCUAUUACACCCAAAUUUCUUAAUAAAAAGGGCAUGGGUAAUAGACAUACGCACACCUGAAAGUAACGGUUCUUGUUGCUUUACUAAAGGAUAUGGUCGUUAUGUAGAAGGCACAGGUUCUAUAUAUUGUCCAUUUUCAGACGAGAUGAUCAAUUUAAAGUAUUGCGAAGCUCUUGAUCAUAGGGAAGAUUCAGACGAAGAAAUAUCAGUUUUGAUGGAAUUAAAACUCAGAUUCUUCUCUCCCCGAGAGGUAUGCAGAUUAAUGUGUUUCCCAGAAAAUUUUGUCUUCCCGAAGUACACUAGUGAUGGCCAAAAAUACAGACUACUAGGUAAUUCAAUAAAUGUUCAUGUAGUUGCUCAGUUAAUAUUUUUAUUAUGUACCGAAGACAAAGAUAAAUGAGAAUCAAUUACCUGUGCCCUUCCUCCAAUUUCAUUUACCAUUUGAAUAUAUAAUCUUAUUUUCUUUACGUAAAUAGCAUUAUAUUUGUAAUCUGUUUCUCAAGUGUUUAUAUAUGUAUAUAUAUACAUGGUUAUAUUUUAUGCAGCUUAAAAUCUAAAAAUCUUAUAUGUUACACUAUCCUUAUAUUUUUCUAAAAGCCAUAGGAAAUGGAAGUUUCCUCGCUGCGCCCAUGUAGAAAUCAUAAAAAUAAAAAAUAAAUAG